AUGGCUCAACCCCUAUCAUUGAAACUAGCCGACGGGACAAUUGUCACCGGCAGCAGCUUCCUCAAGCAGGCGCCUCUCGUAACACAGUCUUCUCCUGCCAUACCACUGGUGGUUCUCAUCCACGGUGGCUCGGUCGAUUGUGACAGUUUCGACAUCGACGAGAAACAUAGCGUACGCCCAUUAUCGGAAUUCUUAGGUGUCCCAGUGAUAUCUCUUAAUCGCCCUGGCUACGGCGGGACUACUCCUUUACCUCCUGCGACUGAUAGUAAAGAGACGUAUAUCCAAAGACAAGGCCGCUGGCUACACGAGCUGGCCCUCCCGGCGGUAUGGACCGAGUCCUCCAAAACUUUGAACGCGACUUCGAUAGUCUUAUACGGCUGCUCAGUUGGGGGAGGAGUCGCCACCGUCGCCGCAGGCCUAGCAGGCCGAAGCUCACCCACAUAUAAAUUGUCAGGUCUGGUUCUGUCAGCCUUGGGCUGCUCUCCAGAUACGGCUCCCAUGUCGCGCUUCUUCGGAGACAACUAUGCAAUAACUGGCAAGGUCAUUGAAAUUCCUCACGAAUUCCGUCAGAAGCAAGCAGCUGGGCCACACGCUGCUUUAUUCGAUGUUUCGGUUUUCUCGUCGAGAAGAGGCGAAUCCAACACAUCCGACGCCGAAGUGUACGAUAUCAAUAUACAAUGGCCGACGUACUGGUCGGAUUAUGCCAAAGACAUUCGCGUACAGGUGUUGUAUUCGGUGGGAGAUGCCGACACACUCUGGCACCUAAAUGCCGACACAAUGCAUGAAUUUGGGCGCGCUUUCAAAAGCUCCCCUUGGGUGGAGAGCAGGCUGAUGACGAACGUACCGCAUCAUAUCGAGUACUCAUACCAAUGUUCGGGCUUCCUGCUGCGAGUCUUUGGUUUCGCCCUGGAAUGUGCUGCAUCUUUUGAGAUCCAGGAGGGAAGGAACCGACAGUAG